UUUAUUUAGUUUUCAAAAACAAAACCUCCUUCACUAAAUACACACAACGCAUGCAAUAUUUUCAUCAAAAAUGGGAAAAGCCACGCAGUUCAUUGUGGGCCUCAUCGGAGCCAUGGGCGCCUUUUGCCUGGGCGCAGUGAUCGGCUGGUCGGGCCCCGUGGAGGCCGAGGUCAAGUACUUGGGGGCCUACGACUUUAGCCCGGACACCACCGAAUGGGGCCUGGUGGGGUCCCUGAUGACCCUGGGAGCGGCCUUCUCCUGCAUUCCUGUUGGCCUGCUCAUUGGAAAGAUCGGGAGGAAGACGACGAUGCUGAGCCUGCUGCCGCCGUUCUUCAUCGGCUGGCUGCUGAUCAUCCUGGCGGUGCACAUUUCCAUGCUGCUGAUCGGACGCUUCGUGGCGGGCUUCUGCGGCGGAGGCUUCUGUGUGGCGGGCCCCAUGUACACCACCGAGAUAGCCGAGGUCCAGUAUCGCGGCAUCAUGGGCUGUUUCUUCCAGCUGCUGAUCGUCAAUGGCGUUCUGUAUGCCUUCAUCGUGGGAGCCUUCGCCAACACCCUGUACUUCAGCAUUGCCUGUGCCAUUUGGCCAAUUAUCUAUUUCCUGCUGUUCAUGUGGAUGCCGGAAUCCCCGGUUUAUCUGGCCCAGAAGGGCAAGGCCGAGAAGGCGGAGAAGUCGCUGAAAUUCCUGCGCGGCAAGGAUGUGGAUGUGAGCGGCGAACUGCGGGACUUGGCGGCCGAGGGCCAGAAGGAGAAGGUCAGCGCCGGGAAAUUGCUCUGCCGGAGGGUCACGCUCAAGGGCCUCUUCCUCUCCAUCUUUCUGAUGGUCUUCCAGCAGAUGACCGGCAUCAAUGCGAUCAUCUUCUACAGCACGUUCAUAUUUCAGACAGCGGGCUCCACGCUGGAGCCCCGAUAUUCCACGAUUGUAGUGGGCGUGGUGAUGGUGGUCUCCACAGUCGCCUCGAUCCUGCUGAUCGAGAAGCUGGGUCGCAAGGUGCUGCUGCUCAUUUCCUCUGCCAUGAUGGCCAUCAGCACCCUAAUAAUGGCCCUUUUCUUCGGCGUGCUGAUGUCCUCCGGCGUCGGCUGGUUGGCCCUGAUGGCCGUCUGCAUUUUCAUCAUCGGCUUCUCGGUGGGAUUCGGACCCAUUCCCUGGGUGAUGAUGGCCGAGCUCUUCGCGGAGGACGUCAAGCCGCUGGCAGGGUCGAUAGCUGGGACCACGAAUUGGUUGUGUGCCUUCAUUGUGACCCUGUUGUUUCCGGUUCUCAACGUGCAUAUCGGAGCAGCCGCCUGCUUUGGCAUAUUCUGCGGCUUUGCGGUGUGCGCAUUUUUGUUUGUUCUGUUCCUGAUUCCCGAGACGAAGGGCAAGACCCUCAACGAGAUCCAGGCCAAGCUGGGCGAGAAGAAGGAGUCCUGAAGCCCGGAAACGAAGAGUUCUAACUAUACCCAAACGAUAGAUCUCGGGUGAUGCCCUUGCCAAAAUUUAUUUAAAGUAUGUCUAAUCUUCAAGAAUUUCUGUAGAUUGCUAUAGGAAAUUAUAAGUAUAUUUUCGGUCUCCACAUAA